UUAUUUUUGAAGUUCUCAGGCUGGUCCUGGGUCUGCCCUUCUGAUUUCAAACACUCAACCAGUAACGGAAAUAAUGGCCAGGCACUGAUCAGAAAUCAGCACUUUUGUAUCCAGGAUCCCUGUGACCGUCAGCUGAUCGCUUCCAGGAUCUUCGUAAACUGCAAGUUUAUUAUAAAAAAAUCUCAGAACUGAAAUGUCUGUGCCACCAAAAAUGAAGAGUACAAUUGCAGACAAUGCUAGAAUGCAAAACUUGAAAACGACAUUUGAAGCAAAAUAUGGACACGCUCCGCUGUUCUAUGCGUAUGCACCUGGAAGAGUCAACCUCAUAGGGGAGCACAUAGAUUACUGCGGUUAUUCUGUCCUUCCAAUGGCAAUUGAGCAGAAUAUUUUGGCAGCUGUUUCUCUGAACGAUUCCGGAAGUAUCCAACUGGCAAAUACAAAUCCUCUGUACAGUGAUUUCAGUGUACCAUGUGCGGAGGACAUUGCCAUUGACAGAGACAACCCAAAGUGGUACUACUAUUUCCUCUGUGGAGUUAAAGGCAUUCAGGAGCAUAUUGGAAUCUCGACUCUGUCUGGCAUGUCGUGUGUGGUCGAUGGGACCAUUCCUCCAAGUUCCGGCCUCUCCAGUUCGAGUGCGUUGGUGUGUUGUGCAGGGCUUUUAACAAUGGAGGCCAAUGAGAAGUCCCUCUCUAAGGUUGCACUUGCAGAGAUAUGUGCCAAAUGUGAGCGCUACAUUGGAACAGAGGGGGGAGGCAUGGACCAGUCCAUCUCAUUCCUAGCAGAGAGUGGAACGGCAAAGCUGAUUGAGUUUCAGCCGUUGAGAGCAACUGAUGUCCGACUUCCGGACGGCGCUGUAUUUGUGAUCUCCAACUGCUGCGUGGAGAUGAAUAAAGCUGCUUCCUCUCACUACAACAUCCGUGUGGUGGAGUGUCGGAUCUCGACCAAGUUGUUGGCUCAGGCACGAGGUCUGGACCCCAGUGGUCUGCUGAAACUGGCGCAGGUCCAGUCUGCACUGAAGGCUUCCCUGGAAGAGAUGGUGUCUCUGGUGGACGAGGUGCUGCAUCCUGAGCCAUACGGCCGAGAGGAGAUCUGCAAGCUUCUGGGAAUCACCCCAGAGCAGUUCUCCACAGAGCUUCUAAGCGCUAACACCCAACACAUGACUCACUUCAAGCUGCACCAAAGGGCCAAACAUGUUUACAGCGAAGCUGCUCGGGUGCUGAAGUUCAAGAGCGUGUGUGACUCCCAGUCACCGGACUCCAUCCAGCUGCUCGGAGACCUGAUGAACCAGAGCCACGAGAGCUGCAGAGACCUGUAUGAGUGCAGCUGCCCUGAGCUGGACCAGCUGGUGGAAAUCUGUUGGAAGUCAGGGGCGGUGGGUUCUCGACUAACUGGCGCGGGCUGGGGCGGCUGUGCUGUCUCCAUGGUUCCCACUGACAAGGUGGAGACCUUCUUACAGGCAGUGAGGGAAGCUUACUACCAGCCUGAUGCACGGAGGUCCCAGAUGGAAAAACAGAGCUUGUUUGUUUCAAAGCCAGCAGGAGGCGCUGCCAUUGUAUUGGAGGAGUGAUAGUUUCAGUUUACAAACCUCUAACGAGCCUAUCCCAGAGCCUCUUUCCUCCUGGGGUGUUCAAGGUGUCCUUCAGACCUUUCAAAACGGGGAAAAUGUUGAACAGGUGAAUGGCAAAAUGAGAUCGCAUUUUUGUGUCACUGCAUUAUAAAGGGAAAAUUGUUGCAAUAAUUAUCCAUGUUUGGAUCUAUAGAUAAUUGGUUUACGAUUAAGCAAAAUAUUACAAAAAAUAUGAGAGAAAUGCUCAAUAUUUUGUCACCGUGAUUAGUAAACAAGGUUUUUUUUUUAUUAUUUCGUUAUGGUUUUUUUGCAGGCUAAUUUAACCUGGAUUUUGACUUUACUUAGAAUUUCUGUUUGUUUUAUGCCAUGAAGGAACUGAAUGUACACACUAGAGGGCAGCACCAUGGGAGAGAGGUUUGUGCUGGAGCUACUCACAGCAAGUCGCUGGACACGCCUUGGUGGUCUCUCUGGUGUGUUUGGUUUUGUUUGUGUGACUGGCACUUCUUCCA